CGGAAGAAUUCAAUUUAGGGUUCUCUGAUUUCUAGCGGUGGGUUAGAGAGAGAGAGAGAAGAGAGAGAAAGCGCGAGAAGAAGAAUCAAUGGGGGGCGGCAAUGGCCAGAAGUCGAGGAUGGCUCGUGAGAAGAAUCUGGAGAAGUUGAAAGCUGCUGGAAAAGGUAGUCAACUUGAAAACAACAAAAAAGCCAUGUCUAUUCAGUGCAAGAUUUGCAUGCAGACUUUCAUGUGCACGACUACUGAGGUGAAAUGUAAAGAACAUGCUGAGGCGAAGCACCCGAAAGCCGAGCUUUACACUUGUUUUCCACAUCUGAAGGAAUGAAAACGUUUUAUGUCGUAAAAUUGGGCUUUUAAUUAUAUAAUAUAUUAUUAGCGUGGAAUGUCUCUGUUACAUUAUAAAUAAUGUUGCUCAAAUUUAUCUAUAUUAUAAACACACUCUUAACUAUAUUUUAAAUGUGGUUCUAAGUCAUCAAUUUCUAUUUUGGGUGCUGUUUGCUAUAUGUAAAAUGAACAAAAGCAGAAUAAAUGCCUACUUAUAAUGUUUGAGAUA